CGGAUAUUCACCGCUUCAAGACGAUUGUUUGGCUGACCUUGUCGGAUUAAAAAUAGAAAAGUUAUAAUGUAAACAAAAAUAAACUGCUAGCAAACAUCCCGACGUUACGAUGAAUGAUUCAGCUUCUACACAUGGCCAGCAACCCCCAUCCAAGCGGAUGAGAGUGAUGAUCCCUACCUCAUCAACUGCCACUUCUAUGGUCACCACUGAGUAUCAGGGAAAACUCCAAAUCCCUGAUGUUAGACGCAGCCAGACCAGGGGAUACAUUGUAUUUUCUCGGGAAUUCCGAAAAAUUGUUAAACAAGAAAACCCCGAAUGUGAUUUUGGCGAAAUUAGCCGCCUGGUGGGCACAAAGUGGCAAAACCUUGACAAAGAAGAGAAGGAAAAGUAUAAGGACAUGGCUAGAAAGAUUAAUGAAGAACAUCAGGACAAACAGGAGGCAGCAGAAAUAGCCUUUAAUGAGAGCCUGUCUAAGCAAUAUCAGAAGCAGCAGCAGCAGCAACAACAACAGCAGCAGUGGACAGAGCAGCAGCCUGGCACGCCAGGGCAGGCACCAAGGCUGGCGACUCCUGCUCAGCAAGCUCAUCAUAGAAAAAAGCAGGAGGGAAAAAAGGCCAAGGAACACAAAGAACAAGACGAGGCUCUUAUGCAACUUCAGCAACAGAGCACGCCCCUAUAUCAACCUCGCGUCGCCAGGGGAGGGUACAGUCCCCGAGGUCCUAGGAACAUGGCCCGGCAGCAUCAGGGUCCAGUGGGGCUGGGCAGUCCUGGGGUAAACUCUGGGGUUAGGUUUGACCCUUAUAAGAGACCUGUUAACUACGGCAACAACGGACCUUCUAACAACAGUCUUACAAGUGUCAAAAAUGAAUUAGAUGACAUUUCAAAUCAAAGUGCUGAGAAUACGGGUAAUCAGUUAAUGAGAGAAAAUAUAAACGUGAAAACUGAGUCAGUGAAUGAGGAAAAUUUAUCGGGAUUGGUCACGUCAAAUAUGGCAAAUAGUCAGGGUGAUAUCAAACAAGAAGGGCUGGAAUUAGGGGCAGAUUUCACCAACUUCAUGUCUGGGAAGAGUGAAAGUGAUUCAAAUGUGAGAGUGAAGCUUGAAGCAGUGGAUAAUGAUUUAGAAAUCAAGGGUGUGGAGGGGGGUCAGCCCAUGCAACCCCAGGACUGGAGUGCUAAUGUUUCCAUGGGAACAAACUUUGACCCAACUGGUGCUACUGGUUCCCAGGCAGACAUGACGGGGCAGCAGGGAUACAUUUACAUGAGAAGAUGCACUGAAGCUGGACAAAACAAUUGGCAAGAUGUGAAUACUUAUAACCUUACUGCUGGUAAUUCAGAUUCAGAUUCUGGCGAAGCCUAAAGCUAAAAUGCUCCAACAGGACAGUGGCAGUUAUUCAUAUGAAGUAAUAAAUGAAGCAAAGGAUGUAAAUAUUAGUGCAAUUUGCUCCAGUGAACUUGUGACAGAAGCAAAUACAUCAAUUGUGACAAUAAAUGGGGAUACAAGUGUCAGUACAUGUCAGAAACAACUGCAAGUCAUACCAAAUGUAUAUAACUCUGUUGAAAUAAUGCCUAACACUAUUGGGGAAUCAGAUAAAAUUGUCAACCAAGCAUUGCCAAUCAAUAACACACCUCCAACAAAAAUUGCUCUGAAACGGAAAUAUGAUACUAGAAAAACACAAGUUCAGUCUGCUGCCUCACCAGAACCUUCAUCCCAUGCAGCAGUUGCGUAUUCGAUGAACAAAAAUCAAACCUGUUUGAGUAAAGUCUCUUUGAGUAGCUUCUCAGCUGAACAGAACGGUACACUUUUGCAACAGAAAGAACAGGAAUUAGAAUGUAAAAAUUGUCAUGAGAAAUACUCUAUGAUUAAAGCUUUUUCUAACCAUCUAGCAAUUGAAAUACACUUGCAGAAUGAGUGCUUGAAUACGAUGAUAGAUUACGAACCUGUUUUUGACAGCAAGUAUUUGAGUGAACAGUUUAAGAAGUUGCAAGUUGAUUUUGAGGUAAUGGAAUGUACUUGCAAAUCUAUUUUACUUUCUCAAGCUGAAUUCAAUUCUCACCUUAAGCGUGGUCGUUGUGAAAAGGAUUUAAAAUGUCCGUUUGACAACUGCAGUAAAUCAUUUGGACCCUGUUCUGAUUGGAAUAUGCAUGUGAAAGAGUACCAUGGUAUCAGCGUCAGAGUGCAAAAACAGCUUUAUGGAUGUGGUGCAUGCGACAAAAUUGUUGAAACUAAAUUAGAGCUAGAGAAACACAGAAAUUCUGGAUUUCAUCCAAACCAUGUUUUGUGCUGUGGCCAUAAAUUCUCAUAUGAAAGAGAUUAUAACUCCCAUCGUAGUAGUGAUCAUGACUUUAAAACCCCUCGACCGUCAAUUUAUAACUGUGAGCAACUAGACUGCGAUUUUACUUGUUUUGACGAACGAUUCUUGCGGAUUCACAUGAACACAUGCCACUUUCAAGAACUUUUCCAGUGCAAUUUUGAUGAAAAGGACAGGAUAAAUAAUGACUGUUAUAGAAUUUUCAAAACUGAAGCUGACUGGUACAAGCACCUAGAUCAGCAUGUAAGUGUGGGAUACUGCACAUUUUGCAAAGCUUCAUUGUUCCACAAGUGUUAUUGGAAAAAACCUAAGCUGAUGCACAUAGAUCCCAAGAGUAGGUUGGCUUGUCAAUAUACAACAAGCUUUUGUAAAUCAUUGGAAGAAACGGUUUUUGAAACAGUACAGGAAACUGGCUCUGUGCAAAGUGAAACAUCUGCAUCACAUGAUCAACAUGAACAAUCGGGCACAAAACAAGCUUCGAAAGAGGCGACAAUCCAGAACACUGACAAAGCAGGAACAACAGCUGCUGAUGACGAAAAAACGUUGAAUGUUACAACUCAACAAAAAGAGAGCAAUCAAACGGUUCAGAACAAUUUUACAGGACACUCCUGAUAAUGAACUGGUUUGCAAUGAAAUUAAUGAUAAACAAUUAAGAAAUGCAGUGUCUAAGGAUCUUCAAGAAAAAGAAAUUGAUAAACAACAACUAGAAGUCACUUGUUACCAAUAUGCAGACAAAAAUCUGAAUGCGAAAACUAAACUUGAUUCUCCCUUUGGUUUAGAUAUAACUUUGGAGCAAAGUGUACAUAGAUCAGUAAAAGAAAGUAACACUGUGAAGACUAGCAGUGUGCAAAAUGUAAAGAAUGGAUUUAACAAUAGUCCUAAGCAACAAUCUGUGAAACAACGAUCGUUAAACGAAAAGAGUGUCAUGGACAUCAGAUCAACAUCAUCCAAAGAAGACACUGAAAAUUAUCCAAAAAUUUUGCCUGAACAUAUGAAGAUACCCCGCUUUAUGAAGGUUGAUGAGCAUUGUUAUGAGGGAGUGUCUGAUAUAGACGGUGUAACAUAUGACGAUAUUUACAGACUAAUUCCAAGCGCAAUCCGAAAGUCCUUCUUCCAACCCAACUUCCUGUGUACUGUUAGGAACUGCAAUAAUUUGUCUGGCUCAGAGAUAAAACAUGAUAGUCAUCAUUCAGAUAAGCAUCCAUCUGCAAAAUGUUCAUAUUCUUGCCUUAACGCGGAUGCAGUGGCUCAGAUGUAUGAAAAAACGUUUUAUCCUUUCCAGUCCAUGUUUUACUGCAAUGUGAGAGGUUGUAACUUCCUUCGUUUUCUUCCUUCAAUGUCUGACCAUUUCCCACAAGAACUGAAAGCUCACAGCGAACAGCAUGAUUACUCAUUUGUAAAAGAUGAGAAUCACUGUGAAAAAUCAUGUAACUCAUAUUUUGUUUGUACUGCAUGUGAUAUAAAAUUAAGAACGUUUCAGCAUUAUGCACUUCAUGGAAAUGUUUGUAAAAUCAGUAAAAAUAACAACCGGUUACGGGUUUAUAUUUUUAAACAGUGUUCUGACGGUUGUGAAACAACUUUAUGUCCGGUAUGUAGUCAAGGUCCAUUUAAUCAGACUGGCUUUCGAAGAGCACUUUUUGAACAAUCAUAAAGUUGUUCGUGUCUAUGAGUACUGGAGGUGUUGUAUUGCAGAUAGCAUAGUACAUGUUUUCUUCUACCCAUAUAACAAAUGGAAAUACGGUGGAUUGGUUAUACGACAAUUAAUCAUUACCUCCACUUUUGCUUCUACUGUCCAUCAGGUGAACAUGUGUAAAACGUCUCGGGGGACCAUUGAAAUGCUUAAAAAAAAUGUGAUGAAACAAAUAGAAAACAGGUCAGUUCCGUUGUGGCCCGGGCAACAAACCAGCUUUAGCAAAAGUUGGUGCAGUAACAAAUGGCCCAAGUGCAUUUGAGCUCGUAACAACAGGUUUGUCAACCUUACCUUCCCGUACUCCGAAGAAAAGUGAAAUUCGUAAAAAUGAACAAAUAAAUCUAUUAGAAGAUAAGUCGAUUCUUAAUGACUUGAGAUACAUACAAGCAAAUGCAAAGGUUGAUGUGGUUACAUCUGGCUCAAGGGCAAAUAAGCUUGUAGCAACCGCUUCGUCUAACUCUGUCAUGCCGCAACCACCGCAUAAUGACGUCAAUCCGACUGAAACGGAAACCAUAAAAAUAUACAUGAUAAAGCCAUUGACGGAUAGUCUCUCUAGUACGCCUGAUUUGAUUUGUGUGGACGCAGAUUCCAUCGAACUGCGUAUGGAUACAUUAUCUACACAGUCAGCACCGGAUAAUUACGCACAUGAUAGUAUUAAUAUGAGAGAAGAAACCUUUAAGAUUGUCAAGCAAACCUCAAAAACAAGUAUUUUAUCAACAUUUGAAACAAGUUUGUUGGUGCCAUCAUUUGUGUCAAGAACGGGUAAUGCCUUAAAUGGUAGUAUUGCCAUGAGAUAUAUACCAACUGUGGUUGAUGAGCAGAAAUCAAAUACAAGUAUUUCAUCAUCAAAAGAAAGCUAUUUAAACGUACACGGAAGCACUGCUGAAUGUUCCAAAACAUCUGAAACAAGUAUGUUUAGGCCAUCGAUUGUGUCGCCAAUGGGCGAUUUAUCUUGUGCAAUGAACAUAUUGCCAGUUAAAACUGAACCAUUUGAAUCGGGUAUGUAUGCCCAAGCCAUUUCGUCAACCACAAAGAAUGCUGUUGUCGAAACAAGUGAUCAAUUGAAUUCAACUCAUGUGAGUGAAAGUUCACACGAUUCUUUAAGCUGGCUAAAUAGUUCCAUUUUCAAAGAAGAACUGCUGGUCGACGAUGUCACAACUGGACAAUACGUUGUCCAAAUUUACAAAGUUUGUGACGACGGUGAAAUCAAAGUAGAAGCAGACUCUUGACAUUUCCUUUCAUGUGAAAGCUCUUAAACGCUCUGUAACUAUUGUUAAGAACAAUCGUACCUUUUGGGUCCCAUGCAAUUGUUUCUACGUAAAUUACGAUAUCAAAGAAUGCAUAUUAUAAUUCAAAGGGAA